AUGUCACGCCGAGUCCCAAGCAGGCUAUCCCGUAACGAGGUAGCUUUUGCCAUCCUUUUUUGGGAUCGUACACCUCGAAUGAAAAAGGGCAUCCUAGAUGAAAAUACCACAAUCCUCUUGCCGUCCGGCGUGGGGGUCGCGAAAGGAAAGAAUAUGGGGUGCAGCAUUUCCGGCGCGGCCAGCAGCUCGUCUUUGUCAAAAAUCGGGACGUCUCUGAAGAAAUCGAGAAAGCUAUUUUGGGAAUUUUUUGAUAUUUCUCUUAGCUCAAAAUAUUGUUCUAAUUACAUGCAAAGAAGGCGCUAA